AUGGGUGACUACUCGAAAGCACUUGAAUUUUAUGACAAAGAACUUAAAAUAUCCGAAAAAGCUCUGCCUUCGAAUCAUCCCUCAUUGGCUACUUCCUACAGCAACGUUGGUUCGGUGUAUGAGCACAUGGGUGACUACACGAAAGCACUUGAAUUUUACGAAAAAGCACAUCAAAUAAACGAAAAAGCUCUGCCUUCGACUCAUCCCUUAUUGGCUGCUUCCUACAACAACAUUGGUAGUGUGUAUCAAGACAUGGGUGACUACUCGAAAGCACUUGAAUUUUACGAAAAAGGACUUAAAAUAAGCGAAAAAGCUCUGCCUCCUACGCAUCCAGAUUUGGCCAUUCCCUACAAUAACAUCGGUGAUGUGUAUCACGACAUGGGUGACUACUCGAAAGCACUUGAAUUUCACGAAAAAGCACUUAAAAUAAGAGAAACAGCUCUGCCUCCUACUCAUCCUAAUUUGGCCGAUUCCUACAGCAACAUUGGUGGAGUGCACAACGACAUGGGUGAAUACUCGAAAGCACUUGAAUAUUAUGGAAAGACGCUUAAAAUCAAAGAAAAAGCUCUGCCCCCAAAUCACCCCUUAUUGGCUAUUUCCUACAGUAACAUCGGUUCGGUGUAUAACAACAUGGGUGACUACUCGAAAGCACUUGAGUUUCAUGAAAAAGCGCUUAAAAUAAGAGAAACGGCUCUGCCUCCGAAGCAUCCUGAUUUGGCUAUGUCCUACAACAACAUCGGUGUAGUGUAUAGCACCAUGGGUGACUUCUCCAAAGCACUUGCGUUUUACGAAAAAGCCCAUAAAAUUGAAGAAAAAGCUCUGCCUUCGAAUCAUCCCGAUUUGGCUACUUCCUGUAACAACAUCGGCUUCGUGUACAACAACAUGGGUGACUACUCUAAAGCACUUGAAUUCUACAAAAAAGCGCAUAAAAUCAAAGAAGAAGUUCUGCCUUCAAAUCAUCCUGGUUUGGCUAUAUCCUACAACAAUAUCGGUUCGGUGUAUUAUGACAUGGGUGACUACUCGAAAGCAUUAGAAUUUUUCGAAAAGUCACAUAAAAUCCUCGAGGAAGCUCUGCCUUCAAAUCAUCCCCAUUCUGCUUUCCCAUACAACUGGUUCGGAAAGGUUUUUCGGAGUAUGAAAGAUUACUCCAAGGCACUAGAUUAUUUUGAAAAGUGUCUCGCAAUACGUCAGAAAACCUUACCGAAAGGACAUGCGGAUCAGGCUAUUACAUACAGUAAUAUUGGUGAUGUUCAUCGAUUAAUGGGUAAUUAUGAAAGGGCAAUUUCAUUUCAUCGAAAAGCAUUAAAUAUUCAAGAAAACGUUCGAUGUAAUCCUCUGGAUUGUGCAACGACAUAUACAAAUUUAGGUGAAACUUAUCGAAAAAUGAAAGAAUAUUCAACGGCAUUAACAUAUUUUCAAAAAGGAUUAGAAAUACGUGAAAAGAAACUACCAAAAAAUCAUCCUGAUUUAGCUAUAAUAUAUCACAAUAUGGCAAAAUUAUAUUUAUCUACUCGACAAUAUAAUAUGGCCAUGAAAAAUAUCCAACAAGCGUUAGAAAUUGCUCAAGAAAAAUUACCUUCAAAUCAUCCUCAUCUUUUGGAUUAUAGAAAAACAUUUGAAAAAGUUCGAAAGAAGUUGUAA